UGGCACUGUCGCCAGGCGCCCAGGCUGAACGCGCGGCCACCCUCGGCCGCCGCACCCAGCUCCUCCCCGCGCGAUUCCUGGACGCUCACUGCAGGGUCGUGGUCAGGGCCGGAGCCGCCCCGGACUCCUGCGGCCACCUCCACCUUGAAAGCUCGCCCGGCUCGGCUUGGCCUAACAGCCGGUCCCCAACCUACUCACUGCGGCUCUUCGGGGCCGGGGGCCCAGGCUGCCCCUGCUCCCAGCGCGCAGGGGUCCCUCCCAGCGAACCCCUCUGGCGCGCGCCCGCCACCUGCCGCUAGCCGGGGCAGUCGGACCGGGCCCCGCCAGCCCCGGGGCGGCCCCUACCGAAGGGAGGCCUCCCGGCGGAGUGCAGGGUCAUCGGGAGCACCGGACGGCUUUCCCCAGCUCGCGCUGCGCGGGCUCGCCCCGGAGCCUCAGUGCGCCUCGGAGAAACGCCUGCUCCAGAAAGGGAGGGGGUGGGGAGAGAAGGGAAGAAGGGGAGAGCAGGAGCGGGGGCGAAGGAGGGAGGAGGGCAAGAUGGAGCGCGGAAAAGGCGGAGAAAAGGGGCGAGAGAGAGCAGGCAGAAGGAAAAGACAGAAGGGAGCGAGGGAGGGAGUUCCUCGGGCCUGGCCCCUUUACUAGGGUCAGUCUGGCAGGUCCCUCGCCGGCCCAGGACUGAGCUGGCCAAACCUCACCGCUUGCUCCCGGGCUGGCUUCCAGACCAAGGGCACGCAGAGGUCGGAGCCUGUCCAGAAGCCACAUCUGGCCAGAAAAACCGAAGGUGUAUCAAGGUGUCCGAGUGAAGAUCACAGUGAAGGAGCUGCUGCAGCAAAGACGGGCACACCAGGCGGCCUCCGGGGGAACGCGGUCCGGAGGCAGCAGUGUCCGCCUUUCAGAACCAGUUGCACCAUCUUCUGCAGGACUGUAUUUUGAGCCUGAACCAAUUUCUUCCACGCCCAAUUAUUUUCAACGGGGAGAAUUUUCCAGUUGUGUUUCAUGUGAAGAAAACUCAAGCUGCCUUGACCAGAUCUUUGAUUCCUACCUUCAGACAGAGAUGCACCCGGAGCCUUUGCUCAAUUCCACACAAAGUGCUCCACACCAUUUCCCAGACGGCUUCCAGGCCACCCCUUUCUGCUUUAACCAGAGCCUGAUCCCAGGAUCACCUUCAAAUUCCUCCAUUCUCUCUGGCUCCUUAGACUACAGUUACUCACCAGUGCAGCUGCCUUCAUAUGCUCCAGAGAAUUACAAUUCCCCUGCUUCUCUGGACACCAGAACCUGUGGCUACCCCCCAGAAGACCAUUCCUACCACCACUUGUCCUCACACGCCCAGUACAGCUGCUUCUCCCCAGCCACCACCUCCAUCUGCUACUGCGCAUCAUGUGAGGCCGAGGACUUGGAUGCUUUCCAGGCAGCAGAGUACUUCUACCCAAGCACAGACUGUGUGGACUUUGCCCCCUCAGCAGCCGCCACCGGUGAUUUCUAUAAGAGGGAAACAAACUGUGACAUCUGCUAUAGUUAAUAGAAAUUACAGUAAUUCAGAACAUGGCAUGGGUAUAUCUAUUUUUCUACCACGUCUAGAUGACACUGCAAAAUAUGCAACUUGGUAACACAAUAUCCCAAGCACAGUUUACAUGUCACUAUUUCCAAUUUUCUGAUGCUAGGCAUUCAUAUGAAGUCCUCAAACCCAGUCACAGUGCCACUCCUACUUUGUAUGCUCAUAGUUUAAAUUUUUGUAGGAAACUUUCAAUUGUUUUACUUUUUGUGUAAAGAACAAAUGCUCUCUCCUUUUUUACUAAUAAAUAAUUUUGUAUUACUAA